GCAAGACAUUACAUCACUUCAGCACUGAAGCGACGCAAUUGCAAGGCCACUUCUGAGUUCUACGAUGAGGAAGAUCUGUUCGAGAAGAAUGAACUCCAUGCCAAAUUGGGUGAUUCGAAUGUGACUCCCGUGAUAUUCAAAACGCAGAGGAAAGGAUUUCAGAAGGCAAUGUUGCGUCUAUCUGACGAGUCGGGCAGACUGGUUCUGAAAAAGGUUUACGAUGGCAAGAUCUAUCGUGACGGUAUCAACCAAAAUGACGUCACCUUCGUGGACACUUUCAACAUUCUCUAUGUAUACAUCGGUCCAGGUGCCUCAGCAAAUGAAGCUCUAAGUUCGUGGACUGAAGCAGAGAAAUAUCUGCGGUCGGCGGGAAGACCAGAAAAGGCGAUUGCAGUCUUCAGCGCCGGAUCGUAUCUACCAGCAUUCAAUGAAAUCUGGAAUGAUCACGGAGUCCAGUAUAGUCAACAGUUGGUUAGCAAAUAA